AUGGCAAAGCAUAAAGACCACACAGAACCAGGAAAGGGUGAAAGCGAAAGGCAAGAUAUAACAACAGUUGCAGGAGCAAAUAGAGCAGCAUUACACAAACAAGGAUUAUACAAACCAAAAGGAUGGAUCACGCAUGGAUUAACAUCUUUGAUGCAAUUACCAAAUGCUACCCCACUUGCCGUCUUACGAUGGACAACGCCUGAAGGACCUAUGCCACACAUUCUCAACCUACCAUCAAGAGAUGAAGGUAGACAUAUAAAGAUUUACGUUUGGAUACCACCUCCAGGUUCAGGCUCAUUUACUGGAACACGAAGACCUUGUCUGGUGGACUUUCAUGGAGGUGGCUUCACCAUGGGAGGUCCGCUCGAACAAGCUCCAUGGUGUGCUGCUUUGGCAAGGGCGGGAAUCAUUGCAAUCAGUGUUCAUUAUAGGCUAGGUCCAACUUGGGAAUUUCCAGCGGCACUUUUGGAUGCGGAAGAUGUGAUUAAUGCAAUCUUGGACGUUGAGGGAAAUACGGAGCCAGGUAAAUUCAUUCGAAGGGAAGUUCUGAGAUGCAGUAAAGGUAGAACGGAAUUCGAUGAAUCAAAGGUUGGGAUCAGCGGAUUCAGUUCGGGAGGGAAUAUAGCUUUGAAUAUGCUACUUUCUAUACCUGCACAUCUGAACACAUCAAAGGCAGAUGAGGGUGGAAAUGAUGGUGAUUGGCCAUCUCCGUUCCUAAAUGCACAAUCACCACUAAGGACUAUCCCUGCUCUGCUAUUCUUCCCAUCUCUGGAUGCUAGACAAGCACCAUUUGAUCGAAAGAGACCAGAAGGAAUGGCACCUCAAGGUGAAGUGAGUAAAUGGAUCGGUAAAACACUGUUGAACGCAUAUCUGCCACAAGAAUUUGUGUCGCAUUUACGUGCAACAAUGAAACAUGCAACGUUGGAUUGUAUGCAUCCGGCUACUCGUGCACUACUCAUUCUACCUCAAAUCGACACUCUUUCUGAACAGAGUGAAGUAUGGCAAGAUUCGAUGGGACAUGUGCGCGUUCACAGGAUUGAGAAGAUGUCUCAUGGAUUCACAACGUUCCCGGACUCAUUUAUCGACGAGAAAACUAGAGCGGCCAAAAAGUUGGUCAUGGAUCAAGCAUUGUUGUAUGUUAUUGAGAUGUUCAAAUCGUCAUAA